AUGACAGAGCCUAGUCGUUCAGUACGAUGGCUACAAAUAUUUCUCACAUUAUUCUAUGGUCAAGUUAUUUCAACUGGUAUUUAUGAAUACAUCAUUCAAGGUAUUUCCGGCUUGAUAUCACGUCUUCGACCAACCUACGAUUCAGUUCUUCUGAUUGCCCUCGGUUUACUCAUGAUUUCAUAUGUUGUAUAUGCUACAUUAGCUCUAUGGUACUGCCGCACAAGAAUGUCUAUUAUUUCCGUACUGAUCUUGAUCUGUAUUCUUGGAUUGACAUUAACGAAAAGUAUUAUUGAGGUUAUCAAUAUGGGUCGAAUUCCACUGCGUAUGGAAUGUAUUCUCAUACGAUCGACUGAACUUGUUUUACGAAUCAUCGGCAUUGUAGCUAACAUAGCCUUUAUUAUCUGUUUGAAGAAGAAGUAUAGACCAGAAAAUUUUAAGUAA